AUGAAGCUUAACUCCGUUUUAAUAUUUUUGGCGACCUCUUACGCGUCGUUCUCUGGCUGCGCUGGUGCUGACAAUGCCACAAUAACGUUCAACGCAUCCUCCGAUGCGUCUUCCUCUGUGGGCGCCGCUUACUUCAUCACCAACAGCGUCGACGGAAAUUAUGUUGUCUCGGCUGACAUUGGUGCUGACGGACAGCUGUCACUCGCUUCAGCCAUCCCUACGGGUGGCAAUGGUUCUCAUGUUCAAACCGGAAACCCAAUCGCUCCCGACGCUUUCUUCUCGCAGGCCCCGAUUGUCGCAUCGUCCUCUGGGAAUGUCCUCGCCACUAUUAAUGCCGGUGCAAACACCGUAUCGGCGUUCGCAAUCGAUCCCACCAACCCUUCCAACUUGACGGCUAUCGGAGAACCAGUUUCUAGCGAGGGUGACUUCCCUAUCUCCGUUGCGAUCAACCACGCUGGAGAUCGCGUUUGUGUGCUGAACGGUGGACAACGUAACGGUGUGAGCUGCUACAGCGUCAAUUCUACCGGCCUCGUCUCCGUCCCUGGGACCGUUCGUCUCAUCGGGCAGCCCCAGAUCACGCCCCCCUUCGGUCCUGCCACCUCCCUUUCCCAAGUCAUAUUCACUGAAGAUGAGAAACAUCUUGUUGCUGCAGUCAAGGGUUUAACCCAGACCCAAACAAACUUCUCCUGCAAGGGCUACCUCGCUGUUUGGGAUGUUGCUGCGAACGGUUCCCUGUCUGAGAACUUCACGAAGGUGUACCCGAAGGAUGGAGGCGCAUCACCGUUCGCUAUGACCAUCAUCCCUGGAUCGAACGCCAUUUUCGCUGCCGAUACCGCCAUUGGAUACGACAUCUUCGACUUUUCGGAUGUUUCUACUGCUUCGACCAGCAACCGCUCGUCUGCCAACGCUACUCCGGGCGGGGGUAACUGCUGGUCGGCGUACAGCAACAAGACGGGAAGCUAUUACCUCGUUGCUCCCGGAUCCGACAACGUCACGGAAGUGACAAUCAACAGUGAUUUGACUAGUUCCGUCGUCAAUGUAUACCAACUCUCGAACACAGCCAACACUCUUGACAUCGCCACGGCGUCGUUCAAUGACAAGAGCUUCGCAUAUAUUCUUCAACCCAACAGCACUUCUAUUGGGAUUUUGAGCUUGGACGCUUCAGGCAACGCGACUCUCGUCCAAAACUACAACUGGUCGUCCAUCGCCACCAACGGAGGCCUCUCUUUCGACCCUCUCUAUCUUGCUGGAAUGACUACUUUCAUCAAGCCAUGA